CAGAAGUUAACAACAUGGCGUACUCAACGAACCGGCGAGUUUACAUGUAGGCCUAGGUCGUAUGCUGUGUUUUGUCAGCAGUAACAAUCAUGUUAUGGUAGUAAACGUUCUACCAAAGCAGUAGUUGGCCUUGGAGCAUCGAACAGCUACUGAACCAAGCCUUUAAUAAUGUCGAAAAGUGCAGUCUGUAAAGCCUGUGGUUGUAGCGAGAUAGACACUGACCAGGCACGGGGGAGUGCAGUAUGUGUCAACUGUGGCUCGGUCAUUGAGGACAAUUUUAUCGUCUCAGAGGUCAACUUUGCUGAGAACAGCAUCGGGGGAACGUCUGUGAUCGGCCAGUUUGUGCCGACAGAAGGUGGAAAGAGUCAUUCUUUGGGGAGUUCUUUCAGACAUGGAUUUGGCAAGGAGUCAAGGGCAAUCACUCUUCAAGCAGGUAAGGGUAAGAUCACUGCACUGGGUGGCCAGUUACAGUUAAACCAACACUGUCUGGACACGGCCUACAACUUCUUCAAAAUGGCGGUGUCCAAGAAACUUACCCGAGGAAGAAAAACCAGCCACAUUGUUGCCGCGUGCUUGUACCUCGUCUGUAGGAUAGAGAGCACGCCCCAUAUGCUUUUGGAUCUUAGUGAUUUGCUACAGGUAAACGUUUAUGUACUGGGCAAGACAUACCUGAAGCUGUCACAAGAACUUCAUAUCAAAGUGCCUGCAAUAGAUCCAUGCUUGUAUAUCCAUCGCUUUGCCCAUAAAUUGGAGUUUAACGACAAAACACAUGAAGUCUCAAUGACGGCAUUGCGGUUGGUUGCAAGAAUGAAACGGGACUGGAUGCACACUGGGCGGAGACCGUCGGGUCUUUGCGGAGCUGCCUUGUUGGUUUCUGCCCGCCUGCAUAACUUCAAUCGGACACAGAAGGAUAUUAUUCGAAUUGUGAAAGUCUGUGAUGCAACACUCAGGAAAAGGCUCACAGAGUUUGAGGAAACACCUUCGGGUCAGCUAACCAUCGAUGAGUUCAAUAAGAUUGACUUGGAGGAAGAGCAAGACCCACCGUCAUUCACAAAGGGGCGUAGGAAGUUGAAGAUUGCCCAACUGACAGAGAUGAGUAAACAGCAAUUUCAGGAGUUGUCUGGGGAGAUCACGACGGUCCAACAGGAAAUCGAGAAGGCCUUGAUGAGGAAAGCGGCCAACGUAGACGAUGCUAGCAUCGCUGAUGACUGUGAUGGGGCUGAUAUCGUUGACAGGCUCAGUGAAGAGAACCAUAACCUGGGGAUUGAAGAGCACAUUCCUCAUCCUCUGAGGAGUGGCAGCGGAGACACGCAUGAGGAGAAUUCUUCUCCUGCAUCUCGAGAUGCCUUCAGCCGCCUCCCUGAUGGGAGCGAUGAACCCAGAGCAGAAUCAGGCCACGAACUCGCUGGCGCGGGCCCAGCAAAAGUAGGGCACGCCUCAGCUUCAGAGGGGGAGAGAGCAAGAUCACAGACAGUAGACUCACCCUUGGGGGCUGCCGGCCCCCGUGCUCGGGCUGUCCCCACCCCCAGGGUUGAUUCCCCCGGGGGGGAGGGAGGAGAUGUGCUGAAUUCCUUGCUGAUGCCCCCUCCCUGGAGCGAGGAGGCCGAGAUGACUCAGGGUCUGCCCCCCUCGGCUCUGUCUCUGGGUUUGUCAGAAACCAUCGAAGAGUGCAUGCAGCCAACAGACAAGAAAGCUUCUGAAGAAGAGUCAGGUGACUUGGACUUGACGGGCAUCGACGACAGAGAAAUUGAUCUGUUCAUAUUGAGCCCAGCUGAAGUUGCAAUCAAAACGGAGAUCUGGACGAAAGAGAACGCAGAAUACCUCAAGCAAUUGGAAGAUAAACAAGCCAAAGAGGCAAUGGAAAAGGAGCAAGGAAUCACCAAGGAACCAAAGAAGAGAAAAAAGCAAGUGCGUAAGCCGCCAAUUCAGGCCAGCACAGCCGGGGAGGCUAUUGAGAAACUCCUGAGAGAGAGGAAAAUAUCCAGUAAGAUUAAUUACGAGGUGCUGCGAGAUCUGAACAGGACAUCAGGUUACCAGCAGCAGGUACCGUCAACUCCCACCACGCCCACUGUCUCGGAGAGUCCCCUCAAGAAGACCUUGCCUGUGAGACCCACUGCCUCUGCUAACAAGAGGCCCAGGCCUCUCCUCGGUGCAUCAGCAAGGAAAGAGGUGUCUGCUGCCAAGCACCCCAAAUUAGAGCUGGGAGUCCAACCCUUGAAAUCCACCUCAUCAAAUGUAGUGGUAGAGUCUGGCCCAGUGGAGUAUGCUAUAGAAGAUGGACCGCCUGAUUCUAUGGAUGGGGGAGGAAUGGAGGAGGAAGUAGGAGGGGAAUACUACGAAGAAGAAACAACAUUAAAAAGUGCUGCUCAGCUAUUGGGCCAUGGUGGUAUGGAGGACUACCAAGACGGCUUUGACAUUGAUGACUUGGAGUAGUGGGUCUUCCAGACGCAGGAAUAUAUUUAUUGGCGUGGCUUCGUCCUUUGAUGUUAGGGGAGGGAAAAAGUUCAGGUGCAGUUGUGUGUUUAUUGUUGAUCUUGGCUGAAAUAAACUAAGUGCCAGCCAUUGGAAUAGAGGGGAAUUUCAGAGGUGAUGGUGUUGACAUCUUAAGACUGUGUGCCCUGGUUUGGGGGAAUUGGUUUCUUGGGCCUGAGAGGCAAUAACCUGUUCAGGUAUACAUGUCAAGGCCACAGGCUGCAUGGACAAAUGCCCGCUCAGUGCUAACAAGAGAAGAAGAGUUGACCUCCAAUGUUUAGCACAGCUAAUACCCAGAGGCCAUGCGAAGAUGCUACCUGUUUGUGUGAAGUCAGAUGAAAAUUGGGCAUACCGGUGUCCCCACACAGUACACCAACUCAUAUGGGUAGGCGUGGCAGUGCUGUUUUAGCCUAGUGGCUGAGAAGUCCCAGAUUAUACCCUCACCCAGCUCCCCUCAAAGUCUGUCAAACAGUAUACUGAAAUCGGUGAACGUCGGACUGGUAAAGUGUCAGGCUACCGCAUAUAUAAACAUACACACCUUUGCUGGUGGUUUUAUGUGUCAGCUUGUUCGAGAUGAAAAUUAAGCAGGUGCACAUUGUUAUCUAUGACCGAGAAAGAAGGAAAACAAAAUGGAAUUGGAUUUAUUUAUUUAUCUUGACUUGAUAUUGUAUUCAGUUUACAAUCUUUAAUUGUAUUUUGUGUGAUGUUAUUAGUGAAAGAUCGUGAAAAUCUAAAGUAUGUUUUUCAAAUCAGAAAAGUUACCUAGAUUUGACAAUUCAUAACCUCUUCUUUUAGAAAUGACCUCUUGUCAAUCAUAUAUCCAAAGUCUGUCUGAAAUCGUAAGACCUUCAAUUUCCCAUAUCGACGUGAGUCUCAAGUGCCAUUUUCACUCCUGCAGUCAGAGAAAGGUUCUUUGCAUGGAAACAUGCAUGUCAAUAGUCAUCCCAAGGAAUGCAGUUACAUGCAGCACAUCAGUCAAAACAAUGCAAGUUCCUGUACACAUGGAUUGCCAGCAGGCAAGAUUAAAUAAGAGGCCUGUAAUUCCAGUGCAGGUCUGACAAUUUGAGAAUCAUCUUGGUACAUGUAGGUUGGGUCACAAGUGCAUCCAGACUGUGUACAAACCAAGUGAGACUGGUCUUUGACUGAAUGCACAUAGAUGUACAUACACAGCAUUCAGUGUAGUUGUUGGACAGCAGUGGUAUAACUAUGUUGGGGGAGGGGCAUGGAUGGAACAGAUCCCCUUGCUCAAGGCCAGUGCCCUCCCUGUGCCCCAUUCCCCCCACCUUAGUGUUUUAGCUGGAACUGAGCCUAUUGAGUGUCGCUCUCCAGGAAUUCACCCCCUCCCCCAAAGUGCCAGCCUGUUAAAUGUACAUGUACCCUGGUUAUGCAACUGUAGAAUUUUGGUUUCAUAUAUUCUUUGUGGGAAAAUUGGUGCGUGUUUAUUUGAAUUUUUCAAGCAAGAAAGUUUGGAGUUUUCCCAUGCAAGAAAGCACUCACUCGCCUAACAAAAGGAAAAGCCAUUUGUAGUUGUUUGUGACAGCUUUACUACGUAUAGUUGGCUGGACAGCUACCGUAGGGCUGAAGCACAUUUGUAUUGCUGAUCGGUGGCCAUAAUUUACACAGUUGCAACUGGAACAUCUAAGGUUUUUUUAAUGUCAAAACAUAAUCAAAUUUUGGAAAACAGCCCUAGCUGGUGUGAAUUUCCCUCACUGCCUGCAGCCUAUUAAUCCAGUGUAUCAUCAAAUCUGAUGCCUCUGAAAUGUGCAGUCACUCGACAGAGACAACACAGAACCAAGGCUGGGAAGAGACCAGGAAAGAAGAAAAAACAAUUCGAGCCUCGUGGAAAGAAGGCCCGAGAGGUGAUAUGUGCAAAUCACAUAGAGAAGAUAGGUUAUAAGAUGAGUCACCUGACGUUGUGUGUGAUGCCCUACUUGGAAAGGGGAGCUUAAUCAUAACUGAUUGCAUACAGAUAGGAUUACAUGAAACGACUCGUGACUGGGAACGAUCAGUGGUCAGGCUUGGCUGUCUGCGUAUGUUAGCACUGUGUCAUUAUGAUGGCGUACAUUGGCCGUCUGGAGGCUGGCUUGUCAUUUUGGGCCCGAGACAUGAGACUUCUACUGCCAGCCGUCGGCAUGGCAUGAGGGGGGGAGGGGGGGGAGAAUAUGCUGACAGGUGGGAUUGUGUAGCCCCUUACUGACGAGGGUGAAAGACCUACCAUUGCUUGCACUCGAAGCUUUUUGCGCAGAUGUGGGUUAAUGAAUGUAGGGAGCCAGCUAGCUGUCUGUGUAUGAAGAGAAAGCCAUGGCGAGUGUGUACCCUGGAUGGGUCUAGCCGGUUACCGACCUCCCAUCCGAACUUUUUCCCCGUUUGCUUUCAGCGUUUGGUUGUGCCAUCGUCUGCAAGGGAAAUAACUCAAAGAGUUUUUUUAACCCCUUUGCGAUUAUUUCAAGAGCACAAACUUGAAAACAGUUUGGGUGAACAUGACUGGCUUUGAGAUGGUGUCACUCACCUGAUGUAGAUCACCAUUUGUGUCAGGCAUCCGUGUCAGUCCUUAACCCUCAAAGACUAUAAGUCAUGUAAACAUGCCACCCCUGAAUGGCCGAAAGCCAGGUUUGAAAGGCUGAUGUCAAUGGGGAUAUAAAAAGGAUUAAAAUGGCCAACUUGCUGUUUCGGUUUCAAAAAACAAUUCCUUUUUUCCCCAGGUUUCUCACAUAGAAAGGAAGUGUCGAGAGCCUGAACAGCAACAAAACUAAUUGAAAAAAUGUUCUCUAUGUUCCCUGUCUGAAAUUGCGAGGGAAAAUGUACAGUGUACAUAAUUAGGCUAGCUGUUUGCAGGGGGAAAAUGAUCUGUAAAUAUUGUACAAACACUUGUAAUAAAGUGGUAUGUGAACACCAUGACAACAAG